UUUAAUGGAAACACUUCAAGAAACUUUCCUAAUCGAUCAAACGUCAUCUAUCCGUUGUCUAUGGUAUUUAUUUAUAUUUUUGUGCAGUUGGCAGCAGUGUCGAAAUAGCAGAGGACGGGGAAACAUAACGGGUCUCGUUCAUCCUGCUUUUUUUAUCAAUUUACAAGUCGAUGAGCUUAUUAUCGUGGUCUGUUUGUGUAAAAACGUAAUCGGUAAAUAUUAAUAAGUGUUUAGCGUUAAUAUUUCAGUGCCGGGAGCGUUUCGUAGUGAGUGAAAUCGUAUUACAAGUGAUCGUCCAUGAUGGCGGAGUGUUAUAUGGAAAUGUUUGUUUAGGAUUAUAAAUCCGUCGUGUUUUCGUCCGUAAUGACAUUAUUAAACGAGGCAGCAUGGGGCGGCACAGCACGGUGAUGCCGGGCUGAUGAGCCUCCUCUGCUGCCGCCGCCACCGCGCGCGCACAGACAUGGGCGCCGCGCUCUCGCUGCAUCCCCAGGAGGGCGAGGGCUGCGACGGCGCCGGCGCGCCGGCCGCGGCCGCACCACCCACCAUGGCUGACGUCAUACGGGAGAGGAAGAAGAAGGCGGGUGGUGCGGGGCUCGGCACGCUGCGGCGCCGCAUCGCCGCCGCCGCGCGGCGCCCGCGCGACCGCCCCGACAGAGGAUGCGAGCACGCGCGCUUCAUCCGCGGCGUGGUGAGCUCGUGGCGCCUGGCGGAGGUGUUCCUGCUGUGCGAGGAGCUGGAGGCCGGGGCUGCGCUGCGGGACCUGGUGACCCAGGCGGAGCUCGCCCGGGAGCCCGCGCCGGCACUGCACGCCCAGCUGCACGCGCUGCAGCACGACAGGCGCUGGUGCGACGUGGAGCUGGUCGGCUCCGGCUGGGUGUUGCCGGCGCAUCGCGCGCUACUAGCGGCCCGGUGCAGCUACUUCAGGGAGCUGCUGCUACACUACCCCAGUGGUCCGUGCCGCGUCCCCCUGGAGGGCGCGAUGGCGGAGCUCCCGCGCGGGGACGCGGCGGCGCUCGUCGCGGCGCUGUACGCCGGCCCCCACGCCCUGCACUACGGCGACACGAGGCACGACACCCAUUGCGAGCGCGGCUUCAGCUCGGACGGUAACCUGGACAUCAUCAAUGUGGAGAGCGGCGGAUCGUGUUCGUGCUCGCUGGGCUCGGCCGGCAGCGUGCGGCGGCUGGCCGAGCGGCUCGGCGCGAGGCUGGACGACCUGCACCGGGACAUGCGAUACCUGCUCGAUUCUGGCGAGUACGCGGACGCUCGGCUGGUGUUCGCGGCUGAAGGGGGCGCAGCCUUCGGGUUCCGGUGCGCGCUGGAGCUGCCCUGCCACCGCGUCGUACUGGCGGCUAGGAGUCGCUUCUUCAGGAGCGUGAUGUCGCGGCGCACGGCGGGCGGCGCGGUGUGCGUGGACGAGAAGGUGCUGCCGCGACGGUUCGCCCGCGCUCUGCUGCACGCAGCCUACACUGAUCAGGUUGAUCUAACAUUGAUCGGUCGCGGCUCCAACUCGCCGACGAACACCAUCAGUAGUGCAGCGGGUGGUCAGGCGUGGGCGGGGGUGGGGCGCGGAGGGGGGCGGACGGGCGCGCCCUCCACCGGCAUGCUGGACGACGCCGCGCAGCUCUACGAGAUCGCCAGGUUCUUGGAGAUGCCGAUAGUAGCCCAGGGGUGCGAGGACGCCAUAGUGUCGGCUCUGUGCCCUGAAAGUCUACCACACGUCCUGCGGUGGACUGCCACGCCUGUCGCUAGUCAAUGGGUGCAUAGACAAGCGAUGCGCUACCUCCGCGACGAGUUCCCGACCAUCAUGUCGCACGCCGCCGCCGCUAAGCUACCGCGCACCGCGCUAGCGGCCGCGCUCGCCUCGCCCUUCACGCAGUGCAGCGAGGCGCAAGCACUGAGGGCCUUGCUCCGGCUAGCCGAGCGAGCUAAACAAGCUGAACCGGCUUUAGUAUGGAGUGCAGGAGGCUCCCGACGACGGAGGUCGUUACCUGACGCGGCGCUGUGCGGAGCCCUGGGGUCUCUAGCGGCUCACGUCCGCACCGAGCAUCUAGGAACCGCACCGCUCGCACCGCAGCUGCACCAGGCCAUACGGAGAGGUAUCGUGCCGCCCUCGGCGCCGGCGGUAGAGGGCGCUCGAGCGGCCGACGCGUGGCUCGGGCGCGGCGCCUACCGCCCGCCGCGGUACUUCCUGCCCUACCUGGACGAGCUCAAGGCGUUACUAGAAGACCAGGCGGUGCCGGAGGCGGAGGUAGCGAGAAUUCGGCGCUCGAGGUAUCUUCACCGGAUACCGGACACCCUGUAUAUGGUGGCGGCCGAGCGCGGCGGCGUCCCCAACGCGCCCUCCCCCACCUCGUGCGCCGCCGAGAGCGCGUGCGUCUCACCGCGCGUGCUGGCGGCUCUACGUGCGAGAGUGAGAGAGCUGCGCGCCUCUGUCCCCGCCGCGAGGGCGCUAGCGUUGCAGGCUAGCGACAGGAAGGCGUGCAGUCUACAGAUCGCGCUGCGCGCCGUGCGGGAGAUCUCUCUGCCCGACUCGUGCGCCGAGCUGCUGCUGGCCGAACCCGACAGCGAACCCGAAACCAGCGAUAGGGAGCACGGGUGGGAGUCCCCCGGGGCGGAGCGCGAGCCGUGGCCCGACCCCGACUGCUGCAGAGCGACGGGCUCGCUGCGCUGCGCGUCAGCCGGCAGCCUGCGCGGACACGGCGCUGAACACCGCGGCACACAAGAUCGUGCGGGCACGUGUCGACGGGAGCCGUCGCGGCUGGAUGCGCAGCACAGGCGGUGGGAAGGUGCGGACGGUCUGUCGGCCGCGGUGCCCGACGUGGCGAUGGCGCCCAACGGCAACACGCACCUGCUCACGGCGAGGGACCUGGCGCGUCUACCGCACAAAGAGUACGGCGUGCUACAGUUGGACUUGGGAGACGGUGCCACACAUACUCCCCGACCCGGCUCCCGCGCCGCGCGCGCCUCGCGCCCCGCGCACCCCGCGCACCCCGCGCACCCCGCGCACCCCGCGCACCCCGCGCACAGAGACGCCUCGCAGUCGAGCUCCCGCCGGAGCGACGAGGACGAGCUCCGCGCCGCCAUCGAACUGUCCGUCAUGAGGGCUUACUCGUCGUUCGGUUGCCGCGCGCGCUCGGGCCCCUCGGGGUCCAUCCCCCCGCCCCCCGCGCCCUCCGCCCCCGCGCCCCCCCUCGGGCCCCUCGCGCCCCCCGCGCCCCCCGAGGGCAGCUCGCGCUCCCGGGGCUCCCCGUCGCCCUCCAACAGCGCGCACCUGUCGGCACCCAGGCAGGACCCGGCAGCCACCGCUGACCCCCCACGACGCCCGGACCCUCGUUGCUCGGCGUCGGCGGCGCUGUCCCGGAGCGCGCGCACGCCCUCCCCCUCCCCCUCCCCCUCCCCGCGCCGUGCGCGCGCGCUGUACCGGCCCCAGCCUGCGCACGCGCACCAGCACGCGCACGCGCACGCGCACGCGCACGCGCACGGAAGCCACGCCGCGCACCAGACGCACGACUACAGGUACUAA